CAGUGCUGCUACCCACACCCCCUGCCCCCUGGAAGAUCUACCAUCAGAUUGAAGGGGGGAUUUUGCACUUCCCGGGACCCGGGUCUAGUCAUACGUAGGGUCAGAGGCACUGAGGGAUUUGUAAACUUGUGACUGAGACCACAGCGUCGAGACUCGGGUCUCCCUCUCAGUAUUUAUAGCUGUCUCUCCUCCCAGGAUUACAACAAAAACCCGAAGCCAUGCCUCUGGGAACACCUGCACCCCUGACCAAAAGGAAAAAGCCCUCAAAGAUCAUCACUGAUUUGUCACAUAUUGCUCAGCAUGAACCAGAACCAGACGCUUCAGAGUUGGAUCUGGGUAUUAAGGUCAGGACUCCCAAGGAUAUCAUGCUGGAGGAGCUUUCACUCAUGAAAAACCGAGGUUCCAAGAUGUUCAAGAUGAGACAGCAGAGAGUAGAACGGUUUAUCUAUGAAAACAACCCAGACAUCUUCACCAGUGAGUCUAUGGACAACCUGCAGAAGUUUGUUGGAGGGCAGUUUGGUGGGCAGAUGAUAAAUGCUGGGGGACAGCUUAUCAGUUCUCAAACUGGAACAAUCAAUUUGGGCAAUCUGCAGUUUGGAGGCAGUGCCCCUGUGCCUCCCCCGAAACCCGGAAGCAAAGGAGCAGGAGCAGGAGGAGCAGGUGGUGUGGGAGGAGCGGGAGGAGCAGGAGGAGCAGGAGGCAUGGGAGGGGCAGGAGGUGAACAUGGGAAAGGUGGAGAAGAAAGUAGUGAGUGGUCUCCACUGAAAGGUGGUGGAAAAGAUGAGAAAAAGCAUGUUCUUAUUGUGAAAACAUACGUGUCUCCUUGGGAAAAGGCAAUGAAGGGUGAUGAAAAUCUUAUAGCCACACUCAAACCUGAAAUGCCUGGCCCUGUUCAACACAAGGACCUCCCGAAGUACAGAUGCUUUAACAGGAGUGCGAUGCCCUUUGGUGGGUUCGAGAAGGCCAAUCAGUUUUUGAAAUUCCAACUGCCAGAAGCAGAGCCGACCAAACAGGAGCCUGAGCCUCCAGUGGUGUACCAGCAUGACAUCGGCUGCCGGCCAUCUUUCAACCGCACUCCCAUUGGCUGGGUGGGCAGCAGUGAGCCCAGCAGCAUUCAUAUGGAAACAGAUGCUGUGCCUUUUGACGGGGAAACUGAUGAGCUGUAAAAUCAAAAUACAAUGAUGCCAAUAAAGAAUGUGUACAGAGCAAAUGUCUACAUAGAAACACACACUGAAAAUGUGCAUGCAGAAUUUAAAAAAAUAUAUAUUUAUGUGUUGAAUAAGUAGCCUAUAGAUAAAACACAAUUACAUUACUUUGUCUGUAUAACACAGUGAGUUACAACACUAUGUUUAUUUUUCUAAUUACAUUGAUAAAUGAAAUCACUCACGUCAGUAAAAUGCUGUCCAUUACGAAAUGUCAGAUUGUGUUAUUGUGGAAAUAAUGAAAGAACAUUAUGCUUUUGAGCACAUGUCAGGACUUGCUUUUUUUUUGUUUAUAGUCACUGUUUACUAUUACUUGAUGACUGAGGCUUCACUGGACGUUAUCUGAUAACAUGCACACCUCUCAUAACCUACUAUAUUGCAGUAGGUAGGCAUAUGUGUACAUGGAUCCUCAAUAAACCCCUUUAAUGCCCUGAA